GCGAGAUCCUACACGAGAUACAUCCCUCCUCAAUGGGAGGCGUUGCUGGGCUUGAGUUUGACAACCAGGGAAUAUAUAUAGUCUCUGUCACAAGAUCAGGAUGCUUGACCGUUCAUGACUUUGACACUCUAUAUUGCCACAGUAAGCUUCCCUCAGGUUAUGUGGAAGAUGAGAGUAAGCAUGUUGUUCAUAUGUCUUUCCCUUCGGGUAAGGAAUUCAAUGUGGCUAGAUGGAAUCCUACAAACCAGAAUGAGGCAUGGACUUCAAACACUUGCACAUCGAGGAAACGUGAUAAUGUCUCUAUCUUUGACAUCAGUUACAUGUCUCCCAAACCAACUGAGGAAUUGCAAACUAGACAGAAGCUCUCGAUUAUUGGUCGUAAAACUUCUAGUGGUUUAUCUGAUGUUGCAAUUACUAGCAAUGGUGAUUCAAGGUUUGUACAAUGGCUCAUUCCUGGAUGCAAAACAAUUAUAGCUUCUUUCUUCAGCACUUUUUUCUUGACUUGUUCUUUAUGCAGAAUAUUUUCUCCAGAUACACUUGGUACAGUUCAUGUGUGGGAUAGAAGAACAGGCGUGUCUCCAUGCAUUGAACUUUCAACAAACAAAUACGAUUCGCUCAAGAGUAUUCAGAUACAGGUGGAUAAUCAGACUAUUUUUGGAGCUGGUAAAGAAGGAAUCAUUCAUAUAUGGGACCUUCGUGGAGGAACAAACUCUACUGCUUUUCAGAGCCGCAAAGAUAUGAGCCACUUGCCUUUAGCCUCUUUACAUCUUGCACCGAUGCUACAGAAGAUUGCAUCUCUUAAGGCACAGUCAGAAAUCGUCCCGAAAGAAAUCCAUUCCAUUAAUAUAAACCCAUCUGCUCCUCAUCAACUGGCAUUUCACCUUGACGAUGGUUGGUCCGGUGUUCUUGACAUUUAUAAAUCUGAAGUUACUCAUGUACAUUGCCCUCCUCCAGCUUGGUUGGAUGGUUCCAACAAUUCAGCUGAUUUGCUCUUGCGGAAACCAACAUGGCUGCCAACAUCAUCUGUAAGCUUCGCACUUUGUGUUCUCCCAUUAACGAUCAUAACUUCAUGUUUUCUGACUUUGUUUCCUAUUUUGCAGAUUUAUGUGGUUGGGUCCAUGAGUGAGAAAGGGAUUCAUUUUCUUGAUUUUCAUCCAAGUUCUAGGUCCCCUUGUCACGUUGACUUCGAUGAGGAUUCACAGAGAAAGGAGAAGAGAGACAAGUGUAAUCACAGUAAUAAGUUUCUUUCGUUGUCUGAAUCUGUCACGGGUUGUGCUGCGCAUCCUCUCAACAGCAUGAUCGUAGCUGGAACUCAGAAAUCAUCGUUGCUGUUGAUCGCGCAGAGACAUUGUUCAUCUACAUCAGAAACUGUAGAAGGUGACCUAUAGCAUCUAGGCUUCUAGACUUUUGACGAGAUUAAAUAAAUUUUGCUUUAACGGGUUCCAAAAAGAGGAUACUCAUCUCACUGGAGAUGCUCUUGAAUGAUAAAAUCCGUGUUGUGUGUUAAUUUUAUGUUCUUGUUUUUCCCUACGAAUUAGUAAUAAAGAAUUCUAAAAGUAAUGUGAAUUAAGAAAGGCAGAAAGUCUACA